CUAAGUGUGAUUAUAAGUGUUGUUCUUACUAGUAGAGCUAUUUUCCAGAGAAUGAAGAAUUACACCAUUUAUGCCGUCUCAAUUACCAUCCGUAUUGUGCUAGGAUUCAUGCUUAUUGCACUGAUAUGGAAAUUUGAUUUCUCCCCUUUCAUGGUUUUGAUCAUUGUCAUCCUUAAUGAUGGUACAAUCAUGACUAUUUCAAAGGAUCGAGUGAAGCCAUCUCCAUUACCCGACAGUUGGAAGCUCAAGGAAAUUUUUGCUACAGGUGUAGUCCUUGGUAGUUAUUUGGCAUUGAUGACUGUCAUCUUCUUCUGGGCUAUGAAGGAGACCGACUUCUUCUCUGACAAAUUCAGUGUGAGAUCAUUGAGGCACAGGGAAGACGAAAUGAUGUCUGCUUUAUACCUGCAAGUCAGUAUUGUGAGCCAAGCUCUCAUAUUUGUGACUCGAUCUCGCAGGUGGUUCUUUGUUGAGCGCCCUGGGCUUCUCUUGGUCAGUGCCUUCAUCGUGGCUCAGCUUGCAUAGACAUAUUGCCCGAACCACGUAAAAAUUCUGAGGAGAGAUAACAUGAAAAGGAAAUGGCAGGCGAUGAUGAAUCCCAAAUCUCAGCUUGAAGCUCCACGUGGAUGUUCGUCUCAAAAAAGUUCUCUUCGCAGAGGCUGAUAAAGACUUCAUUGGUUUCCUGUUCGGCCUCCUCGUUUUCUACCAGUAGGCUCAGUCAUCAAACUGAUCUCUCGUAAAUCAAUGACCAGCUGCAUCGCCAAGAUUUAUCAGAGCAUCGAGAAGUUACGCGAGACCUAUCUGCAGCCAAACAUGAUCAAAGAGUCUCUUCUUCAACCCGAGAGUUUGUCUGCUGAUGCAAUGAGCCCCCUUUUGUUGGGCGAUGCAACUGUUGCUGCCUCUCUAACUAUCAUAUCAAUGUGGAAUUUACAAUGAUACAGUUAGAAAUAUAGGAUGUCCUAGUUUUGGGAUUGUGAUGAAGAAUGGGGUCUAAGUUUAUAACGCCAACUGUUUCUUCUUACGCUGUAACUGCUGCUGCUUCUGCUUCAGCUGAAGGUGGGGGUUAUGUUAAGGGAGUAGUUACUUAUAUGGUGAAGUUACACUAAUGUCUGCGAUAACGAGCAUAUGUUUGAUUAAUGGAGUGAAGAGGGAUGAUGUUGAAUUGGAGGAGAAGUUGGUUUAGUAUGGAAUUAAAAGAUAAGUUGAUAGUUUGUCUUUAUAUAUUUUAAUGUCAGAUUUGAUUAAUCAUUUGAUGUUUUUAUUUUAUUUUUA